CCGGGCAUUGUUUUCUGUUCGCCCGGGUCGCGGGUGGGAGGCGAGGCACGCGGGGGUUCCCGAGCCUGGCUCCGCGCCAGGCCUGCGCCCUUCGGCCCUGGGGCCACGGGGGCGGCCGCGCCCGGGAGCGGGAGGCUAGCGCGCGGGGCCGGGCGGCUCAGCAGGCGCAGCCAUGGGCUCCCUCGGCUCCCACGCCGCGCGCAUCCCCGACGCGGACAGCAUCCGGCGGGAGACCGGCUUCUCGCAGGCCAGUCUGCUCCGCCUCUACCACCGGUUUCGGGCACUGGACAGGAACAAGAAGGGCUACCUGAGCCGCAUGGAUCUGCAGCAGAUUGGGGCUCUGGCCGUGAACCCCCUGGGAGAACGCAUUAUAGACAGCUUCUUCCCUGAUGGGAAUCUGCGUCUGGAUUUCCCAGGCUUUGUCAGAGUCCUGGCUCAUUUUCGCCCCAUCGAUGAUGAGGACCCAGGAAUUCGAGACCCCAAGGAACCUGAACCCCUCAACAGCAGAAUGAACAAACUUCGCUUCGCAUUUCAGCUCUAUGACCUGGACCGGGACGGAAAGAUCUCCCGGCACGAGAUGCUACAGGUCCUCCGACUGAUGGUUGGGGUGCAGGUGACAGAAGAGCAGUUGGAGAGCAUCGCUGAUCGCACGGUGCAGGAAGCGGAUGAAGAUGGAGAUGGGGCUGUGUCCUUCCUGGAGUUCACCAAGUCCUUGGAGAAGAUGGACAUCGAACAGAAAAUGAGCAUACGGAUCCUGAAGUGACCCCCUUUGUGCCUUUGGCUGCCUUACACAGACCAGUUCAGCCCGGGAUUUGUCUUCAGCCCCUGCAGAGGCAGGGCCCCAAUAAACUGUAUUCUUGUGUCUAAGCUAAACUCUCUUUGGGGCCAAGGAAGGCAAGCUGGAAGCGUGUGUACUGAAUAAAGUCUAGAUCAUUUGAUGUCA